AUGUACGACCUGGAGGACACGACCAGCGGAUUCCACGACGCGCUGAGCAAAUACGGUACCUCAAUGUCCUCGAUGUCGGACCUGUACAUCACCGAUUCGAUGCAGGAUAUGCUCGACAUCGACAUCAAAUCGGAGGUGACGACCGUGGUGGGCGGUGUGAAUGAGUUCGUUUCACUGAUGAACUACGAUCUGCCCUCGCUCGAGCUUGACUCCAACUCCCUCGAUGGGGACAGCUUCUUCAGCAGCACGCUCGGUAUGGCGAGCAACGAUCUCUAUCCGGAGGUGGGAACCUGCGCCAAUCCGAACUACGUGAUGCCCGUACUGUCCUCGGUAUCGUUCCCGAACGGGAGCCUUCUGUCCGGUGCGUCCGCAUCCGCCCCGACGAUCAAUGCCCUGGUCGCUGCCCAGUCGCUGCUCAAGUCACCGAAACAGAACAUUAACCUCAACACGACCGUGCACGGUACGGCCGGGUCCAAUCCGACACUGCCCAGCCCCAAGGAACGAAAAAGCCAUCUUACGUUUUCGCCCAACACGAUCAAGGUGUCCACGGUGCAGGAAUCGAAGAAGAUCUCCAACCUGGCACAGAUCACACGUGUCGGGACUGGUGGUACCAUCUCCUGCACGUCCCUUGCCGCGUCGACUCCGGUCGACAGCGUGCGCAAAGAUCUGUCUUCACAGAUGACGAUCAAGGAGGAAACGAUCAUUGUACGGAAUGGGGUGGUAAAGAGCGCUAGCGAUCACUUCGUCACAAGCGGCAGUAAUGUAACGAUCGGUGAAACGACCGUUGUACAUCGGACGACUUCCACCGGUUCACCGGGGCUUGGAGUGGGACUGGGCAAGGGUAACACCGUCAAGCUGGCUCAUGGCAUCGGAGCACUGACGUUCGCCAACAGUGUACCGUACAAGAACAUCAAGAGCGUACAGAAGGUUAGCAACGGCAUUGGGUUGAACAGUGGCGCGUCCAGCCCGAAAACCUUCAACCGUAGCAUGAUCAUAGAACAGGCGGGUGGUAAACCGGGUGGCAUCGUCACCGUAACGCACGGCGGCUCCCCAACGACAAUGAUCGCCCGACAGAUGCAGCGAGCGAUGACACCGACCGGGCCGAAACAGAAACCGAUCAAGGCGGUUGGUUCGCACGGAGGCGAAAGCGAAUUCCCCAAACCGGCCUAUUCAUACUCGUGUCUGAUCGCGAUGGCACUGAAAAACUCUCGCUCCGGUUCGCUACCGGUGUCGGAAAUUUACAGCUUCAUGUGUGAACACUUCCCGUACUUCAAGACGGCACCGACCGGCUGGAAGAACUCCGUCCGGCACAAUCUGUCGCUGAACAAGUGCUUCGAAAAGAUCGAAAAGCCAGCGAUGAACGGAGGCCAGCGGAAGGGUUGCCUGUGGGCGAUGAACCCGGCCAAGAUUUUGAAGAUGGACGAGGAGGUGCAGAAAUGGUCCCGGAAGGAUCCGCUCGCUAUCCGGCGGGCAAUGGUACAUCCCGAACAUCUGGAAGCACUCGAGCGGGGCGAGAUGAAGCACGGUUCGACCGGUGACGAUGAUCUGGACGUGGAGGAAGAUCUCGAAAGCGACGGAGGACCGUCCGAUGUGGACGCGGAAGAGGUGGACGAAGAGGUCGUGGAUCCGGAGGAGGAGGACGAUGAGGAGGAGGAAGAAGAGGAUGAUGUGGAGCUGAUCGAGCCACAGCACGAAACGAUCGAUGUCGAUGCGGAAAGCUUCAUCAUCAAUACGCCGGAAUCGUUGAUCGACGGGGACGAGGACGGUGGCGAUCCGGUUGAUUUUGAGCUGGAGGUUCCCGACUUUUAUGAAAAUAUUAAUGUAGAUUCUAAGGACAGUACGCUCGCGCUAGAGUUCACGCAGCAGGAUCUUCUAUCGCUGGAAGAUGAAGAUGAAUCGCUUUACAUUAAUCAACUACAGCAGCAACAGCAGCAGCAGCAGACGCGGCUCGGUGCAGUAAGUGUACCGCAGCAGCAACAUCAGCUCCAGCAAACGCAACUCGUAAACCACCAUCACCGUCAGCAGAUACAGCAGCCACCGAUGAAACGGGCAAGGCUCGACAUUAACUACACCAUAUCGCCCUCCUCGAAUGGAACUGCCAGCCUGGUGAAUGUCAUUUCCACCCGCCAACCAACGGUAGUGCACGGUAGCGGCAACAACUCGGUCACCGUGACACCCGUCAACGGUGGUAACGGGGUGAUGAGCUUUCAGCAACACUUUCAACAGCAGCAACUAAGGCAACAGCAACAACACCAGCAAGGAACGAUCCGGCGGAAAGUACCGAUCAUCACACGGUUGGCUUAA